GUUUAUGUGGGAUGGAAGACAUAUAUUGAGAGAUGUAAUCAUUUUUGACAAGGGAGAUUCAAAGAGAUGGAGGCAGCUACACAUUCUCACAUGUGGGCAAGGCUCCAGUCAAUGACUGGCCAGAUAUUUCUCAGCCCCUUAAAAAAAAAAAGAGAGAGAGAGAGAGACGGCUGAAAUAGAUCUCCCCAGCUUUAGUUUAGCUGGCUUGUAGAGCGUGCACAAGCAGCUAAGAAACAUUGUCACAGUGUUCACAAGCCACUGUGCAGAAUACACAGUAUCUUCAAUCUGUGCAUUCUAUAACAAGAGGGAACAGCCGAAGACAAGAGUUAUAACUGACAACAUGCAUUUCUCUGAAAGCGCAGGCAGUCCAGGGAAAGAAGCCACUUUUGCUAACAGUAGCAGUGGGAUACGGAAUGGAGUAACAUCUCCCACGUUCUACCCUUCGGAUCUUCUCAAUGCAAGCCAUGAUCCUACCCGCAGCAACAGCUCUGAUCUCCUCAACAGAAACGAAGAGUUGGCCAAGAUUGAAGUAGCUGUGCUAGCCAUUAUCUUUGUGGCUGCUGUCCUGGGCAACUGCAGUGUCUUGAUGGGUCUCUACAAGUCAAAGAAGAAGAUGUCCAGGAUGCAUCUAUUCAUCAAGCACCUAAGUUUGGCGGACUUAGUGGUGGCUUUUUUUCAGGUUCUUCCUCAGCUCUGCUGGGAGGUCACCUACCGUUUUCACGGUCCGGACUUCUUGUGCCGCAUUGUGAAGCACCUUCAGGUUUUUGGAAUGUUUGCCUCAGCUUACAUGCUAGUGGUGAUGACCAUUGACCGCUACAUAGCUAUUUGCCACCCUCUGAAGACCCUCCAGCAGCCCACCAAGAGGUCCUACGUGAUGAUAACCACUUCUUGGCUCUUGAGUUUUUUCCUCAGCACGGCUCAAUACUUUAUCUUCUCCCUCCAAGAGGUGGAAGUUGGAUCACAGGUAUAUGACUGCUGGGGAGACUUCGUCAAGCCUUGGGGUCUCAGAGCAUAUAUUACCUGGAUCACCAUAGGCAUCUUCAUAUUGCCAGUCAUCAUUCUGGUGACCUGCUAUGGAUUUAUUUGCUACAACAUCUGGAGCAACAUCAAGUGCAAGACCAAGAAAGAGGAGAGGGAAGGGAGAAGGAGUAAUGGUCUCCUCUCCACCUCAGUGAGUAGUGUGAGGACUAUCUCCAGGGCCAAGAUCAGGACUGUAAAGAUGACCUUUGUCAUUGUGACAGCCUAUAUCAUUUGCUGGGCACCUUACUUCGCCAUCCAAAUGUGGUCUGUUUGGGACGAGCACUCAGAAUGGAUAGGUAAAUAGACUUUAUCAUUAUUUCACAAAUAUAAUGCUGAAUGAUGCUAUUCAUGGCUAAAAUGACCCGUGAGCAGGAGUUUAAUACAAUAUAUGUCUAUAUGCGUAUGUGUGUGUAUGUAUGUAUUUAUAAAUAUAUACAUACAUACACACACACAUACAUACAUACAAAAUAUAUUUUGCAUCACUAUUGAAUAGCAAUAUUUUUAUUAAUUGAGCUAUCGGUGAACAUGCCAGAAAGUCUGUGUAAUGUUUUUAAGCUGUAGCAUCUCAUUUGGACAACCCAAACUACAGGCUCCAAUUAUAUUGUUAUUGGCAAAACUAUAGAUUUCAGUCCAUGAAUUAGAUCACUAGUUGGAUGAACUCUUAACAUUUUUGCAAUCACAUUAAAGCCUCAGCAAUGUGUGCAAUGUGUAUUUUGUCAUGGUGGGUUAUAUACCAUUAUUAUAUUCAGCUGUGUGUAACUAUGCCUACUAUUCACUAAGCAAAGACUGGGGGUGACUGAAUUCUUUAAGUCUGUUCUAACAUCGCAUAACUCGCUGUUUAGUGAAUAGACCAAUCCAACGCGUAUACCGUGUCUAUGUCCUCUAUUAUGACAUUAUGUACCGUAUGCACUUUGCCGUGUUUUUUUUUGUUAGCUUAGUAUCAGACCGGUAACAUAGUAACGGUUUAAAAUACUUGGGAUGGUUGCACAACUAUUUAGCUUACAGCACAGUACUGUAUAUCAAUUUCUGCUUAGCACGUUCAUUUCUAUUCUACACAUUCUCAUUAGCAGUGUUCCCUUAUAAAUACCACUGCAUGUCUUUUUUUUUUUUUUUUUUGAGAUUAUUUUUUAUUUUAUUUUAAGAUGAUUAAAACAAAAAGGUGCAAAAAAAAGGUAGAUCCCCAGAUGUUUUAAAACUACAACUCCCAUGAUACUUUGAACAUAAAAGCAUGCAAAGCAUCAUGGACGUUGUAGUUAUAGAACUACCGAUUGGGCACCUCUGCCCUUGAACUACAACUGUUAUGAUGCUUUGCCAGCCAGUUUUACCACUGCAGUCAGUGGACCUUAUGGUCCUUAGUACUAUAUUGUUUAAUUUGAAAUUGAAAACUUGAAUAAUUAUUUUUCCAAUUUAAAAGGCAUAAUAUGAAGCAAAUUAAAUGGAAGAUGUAGCUCAUUAGUUAUAUCAAGAAGUUGAACAUUUCAUGAUAUUAACAUGUUUAUGGCACAUAUGCUACCUUAUUAUUAUUAUUUUAUUAUGUAUAUAGCGCCAUCAGACACAGUAGCGCUGUAUAAUGGGUGGACUAACAGAAAUGUAUUUGUAACCAGACAACUGGACGAACAGGAACAGAGGGGUGGAUGGCCCUGCUCCAUGAGCUUACAUUCUAGAGGGAGUGGGGUAUAGUGACACAAAGGGUACAAAGUAGGCUGUUAGAAAAGUAUUAAUUGAGGGAUUAGUAGGUCAUUUUUGACAGUUGCAGGGGAGGAGUCAUGGAGGGUGGGGGAUGAAAACCUACUAACAGUUUAAUUGAUAUGCUUUCUUGAAGAAGUGAGUUUUCAAUGAUUUUUUGAUUGAGUGGAGACUGGGUAAAAUACUUACGGAGAAGGGAAGGCGUGCACAGAAGAGGUGCAGCCCUGGAAAAGUCUUGGAGGCGAGCGUUAGAGGUGGGAGUACGGACAGAGGAUAUACGUAGGUCUUUGGCAGAGUGUAGGGGCCUCAAUGAGACAUACUUGUGUAUUAGGGAGGAUAGGUAGGUUGGAGCAGCAUUAUGUAGGGACUUGUAAGCAAGCAUCAGAAUUUUAAAUUGAGCCCUAUAUCUAACUGGAAGCCAAUGCAGGGACUGACAGAGUGGGGAGGCGUGAGAGACCUUGAUUCUAUUACUUAUUAUAGAGACAGCCAGAUACCAAAAUGGUUUAUAAUAAAACAACAGACUGGCUUUAUUGCAAUGAUAAGAGCAUAGGGCACAUCAAAAAGAGAAAUAUGUAAUCAUUUGAAAAAGUCUGUGUGCAGCUGCAUUAACAUUUUGAACUAUGACAAUUUUAGCUGGAAGAAAUAGGUUCUUCUGUCUGUUUGCUGAAUGAUUUAACUAAUGGAUUGCCUCUCCAUGCCUUGUUUAUCAUCCUGAUAAUUGAAAUUCUGAACAAGCAACAGAAAAAAAAAAUGUUUCUUAAUGCACUGUGUUUCAAUGACCUCAGUAGAAACCACACACAUAGAAAUGGGGAGAGAAACCGUUUAUAUCCCAGUACCACCUCUGCUGGGAGGCUACUCCAUGCAUUCACCACCACCUGUAACAUGAAUAUUAAAGGGGAUCUGUCUCUUCCCAGGAUAUUUCAUAAUAUCCCUGUACCACCUCUGCUGGGAGCCUACUCCAUGCAUUCACCACCACCUGUAACACGAAUAUUAAAGGGGAUCUGUCUCUUCCCAGGAUAUUUCAUAUUAUCCCUGUACCACCUCUGCUGGGAGGCUACUACAUGCAUUCACCACCACCUGUAACAUGACUAUUAAUGGGGAUCUGUCUCUUCCCAGGAUAUUUCAUAUUAUCCCUGUGCCACCUCUGCUGGGAGGCUACUCCAUGCAUUCACCACCACCUGUAACACGAAUAUUAAAGGGGAUCUGUCUCUUCCCAGGAUAUUUCAUAUUAUCCCUGUACCACCUCUGCUGGGAGGCUACUCCAUGCAUUCACCACCACCUGUAACACGAAUAUUAAAGGGGAUCUGUCUCUUCUUAGGAUAUUUCAUUUAAUGUUUACAUAUCUCUGCUUUUUACAAAUAUGUAUUUGCAAAGUGUGAAAAAUAAAAUUAAAUGUAAAAAUCAGCAUCUCUUAAUCCUACAACUGGAUGUCCCGAUCUGCCUGUCAGUCAUUGUUAUAACCUCCUUCACUUGCCUGACAGCCAGCAUAGUGAGAGUAUAAAUUGUAAGAUUGUUUGAGUAGAAUUUUUUUUACCUGUAAAUAUCCCCUUCCUAUAAUAAUAAAGCUCUGCGGAAUAUGUUGGCGCUAUAUAUAUAUGCUAAUAAUAAUAGUAAUAAUAUAAGAACAAUCAAGCAAUGUUUCUAUCACUCUUCUUCAUUUGGAAUGUCUGCCCUGGGCUUGUCUUAACUGCAUUACAAUGUAAUUUGCAUUUUUUUUUUCAUAUAAUUUUUUCUUUCUUUUUAAAAAAAAAAAAAAAACAGAGCUUCACAUGAAAGAAAGGUUAACACAACUUAUAGGUGAUUUUGUUCAAUGGUGUAAAUUCAAGGAAAGUGUCGCUUGCUCUUUAAUUAUUUCUCCGUUUUCACCUCUCCUAUGUCCUUAGUAAAAAUGUUGUUUUCCCCCUAGAGUCUGAAAACACUGCCAUAACCGUGUCUGCUCUGCUGGGAAGCCUGAAUAGCUGCUGCAAUCCUUGGAUAUACAUGUUUUUCAGCGGACAUCUCCUGCAAGAUUUUAUCAAUGGCUUUCUCUGCUGCAGGAAACUGAAACAGACGCUGGGCAAGGAGGAUUCAGAUAGCAGCACUCGAAGACAAACAUCGUUCUCUAGGAUUCAGACGAAAAGCCCAACUAACAGCAUAGACACCUUUAGGGAGUCCCCCCGAUCUGUUAAGUCCAUCAAAUUUAUAACCAUUCAAACUUGAAUAUGUCACCCACUAUCAUGAAUGUAGCCAUUGUGCAAUAUGGCUUUAACUGACUACUACACAUUUAUGUUCACACACUGUAAAUGCUGUUUUAUGUGUAAAGGAUAAAAAAAAACAAGGCUUUACUGAAUGUAUACAGAAAAAUAUAUUAUUUUUACUUCAUUUUAAAAUUAUUGGUUACACUGUGUUUCAUUGACCCAUUAAACACAUUGGGUACCAAUAUAGGAAAUUCUUGAUGCCAGGGGACCAUUUUUUUCUUCUUAUAUUGAGGAAUCUGUUCAUAAAAUGCUACAUUGCAGUGAAUAUGUCAUCAGCUUGUAUGACAAACUUGUUAAUUCACAACUGACAAUCCCAUUGCAGAAAAAACAUUUUUGCCACCAACUUACAUCUCAAUGUUGCAAUCACUUAUAGUACACUGAUGGUGAUUGACCAUUAUAUUUAAUAUAGACUAUAUUUAACUAUAGAUUCAGUUCCACCAUAUAGCCAUAUUGUGUUAAGCCUACCACUACUUCAUAUUACCUGAAUAUCGGUGAGUCCUACACUAAUUCCAACAUGAGAGACAAACUAAAAAGUGUUAGUGCCAAAUGAACUAAAUUGUAUUUUAAUAAUAUGUUCUUAGGGCAUUGUAAAUAUAUAUAUAAUGAAAAAUGUGAUAGAACACAAUAAAAAAAAACAGCGUCAAUACUAAAUUAAAGUGAUAGUGCUUUUAUGUAUAUACUCAUAAUGCAGAUUAUAUAUCUGCUCUAUACCAAAUGAAAAUUUGUUUAAAUAUACAUAGGGAUUUGGGAAAGAGCGCAGGUAAUUUUUUUUUCUUUGGUUUUUACAAAAUGAAUCUAGUCUGGAUUCUGAACUUAUAUAGUAAACACAUGUUUAUUUGCUUAGAUAUGUGAUUUUAAGUAGCCAUGGAAAAUGGAAAACUGUAUUUUUAUAUGUGCGCUGUGCCAUUGUCUGCAUAAUGUAUGACCUUUGGUCUCUAUGGCAACAAUAUUCCUGUAAAAUGGAUGUUCCAGGUGUGCUCCAAUUUCCUUUUUGUCUUUACUAUUGGCUGCUAUAUUAUUCCCCUUAGAUAGUAACUUCAACAAAUUGGUGGAGAACCAUCCUUAACAGUGAUUUUCCAUUGCAAACACUGUCUACGUUGGUUCAAAUAAGUCUUUAAUUUCCCUUAUAAGACUGUUAACAAUCUGAGUACUUACUUACCAUCUUAAAAUGACUUUCAUUCCAAUGUCAUUUGAUACGUUGUUCUUUUGUAAAUAGCAACAGGUAAAGAAAGUUAAGGAUCAAUUAUAUUUCCAUAUUUUGCUGCAGUAAUCAUGCUCACCUUUUCCUCACUUAAAUAUAAAAUAACUUUGGGGAAUAUUUAUCAAAAAGUUAAAUUCUGUCAUUAUUGAUGAAAACUGUCCAAAAAGUGACAGUUUUCAUCAUAGUAAGUUUCACUAGUUUUUAUCAUCAGAUGACAAGUCCCAAAAGGUUUAAUAAACUGCGUACAAUAUAUUCAGAAAAUCAGACAUAAAAGUGUCAGCAAUACUUUGAUAAAUCUCCCCCGUGUGUUAAAACAGGUCUGAUACUACUAACGCAUCAGUCUGUAACUGAUUCUUCAAUUUGGCUAUUUUGGCCUCAAAUUUUAAAUUUACAUUGAAUUCCUAGCAUUUCACAAUUUAGUGAAUUAAGUUGUAAAGGAUGAAAAGUUUGGAAAUCAAUGUGAAUUUUGCAUUUUAAAGCAGAAUAUACAAAUUGAGAAUAUAGCUGACUUGGAGACUUUUACAUCUUAAAGGGACACUCCACUGCCCAAAUACAAAAUAAAUAAAAAUCACUGUUUAGUAGAUAUACCCCAAAAUCAACUUGCAUGCAUUUAAUUAUGCAUUUUUUCAUUGGGGAUAUAUGUAAAAACAGCUGGCAAGUACUACAGAUCUCUUGGGGGGAGAACUAUUGUGCAUGCGCAACCGCCGGGGGUGGGAGACCUAAUGCGCAUGCGCUGCAAUGCCGCACACGCGCAUUAGACCUCCCCAUAGGAAAGUAUUGAAAAAUACUUUCAAUGCUUUCCUAUGGAGAUUUCAGCAAUGCUGGAGGUCUUCACAUAGCGUGAGGACGUCCAGCAACACUAUAGCACACGAAAUGUAUGCUAUAAAUCCGGAAUUGCCCUCUAGUGGCUGUCUAGUAGACAGCCACUAGAGGAGGAGUUAACCCUGCAAGGUAAAUAUUGCAGUUUAUGAAAACUGCAAUAUUUACAGUUUCAGGAUUAAGGGUAGUGGGAGUUGGCAUCCAGACCACUUCAAUGGGUAGUAGUGGUCUGGGUGCCUGGAGUGUCCCUUUAUCCCCUUAAGGACACAUGACAUGUGUGACAUGUCAUGAUUCCCUUUUAUUUCAGAAGUUUGGUCCUUAAGGGGUUAAACUGUUUGAUUCAGCUGCAACUCAAAGCAACACUGUUACAUUUCCCAAUAAUUUCACUAAGUUGGAUAUUUUUCUGUUUAAAUAUUAGUCAUGGUUACUGAUAAAAUGUAUCUUUUCUACGGCUGUAGAACAAUUCCUCCUCCCACUCCCAACUAUCCUUUCAUCUCCCUUUCUUUUAUCACUUCCACCCAUCCAUGUUUCUCCAAUAUACCUUGGCAUUUGGCAUUAUCUCUUAUAACCUCUUAUUACUUCCACACAUACAUUCUUCUGCACAUCCUCCCAUCACUCUUAUCAUUCCUUACACCCCUAGACCGCUUAUCACUCCUAUCUAUCCUUUCCCUUGCCCAUGCUCAUAGCAUUUCCUACCCAUGCCACCCAAUAUCCCAAAUACUCCAUCUGUCCCUGCUUAUAUUCCGCCUCCACCUUAAUCUAAUUUUUUAACUCAAAAUAUCAGCCCUUCCAUUUACUUAUGGCGAAUCCUGCACUCCCUAUGCCCUGCACCUCAAGCACAACCACUUCAGCAGGCUCUCAAGAACUUGACAGAUGUAGCAUUAAAUGUUCAAACUAUGGCUGUACGGAGGAAGGAUGAACUGGUCAAAGUUUUCUCUGGCUGUCUGGGGCCAUACUCAUUCAUGUGAACAGUAGCUUUGGAGCCCUUAUAUUAAAAUACAAAAGUGCUUCAGUCUGCCAUUAUAGGACUAGACCUUAUUGGCCUAGGUGAAAAUAUGUCCUAUGUUAUGACAGUACAAUACACAAAAAUACCAAAACUCUUAAAACUUUUCAGAUGAAUUCAAAUUUAGGCCAACACAGUCAAAAUGGAAAAAAAAAUUCCCAAAGUCAGCUAUGUUUUUAUUUAGACUAUUUGGGCUACAUUAUGAAAUUUAUUGUGAAUUUCCAAUAAUUCUCACUUUAGUGAAUAAUCUGCACUGUCAAUGAGUUCAUGUAAGAACCACAUAAAGGCGCCACACACUACAAGUGCUGUGAUUAAACCCACAGGACUACAAUUGUAUACAAUUAUCAUAUAGAACUUGGGUGAUAAGAUAAUGAGAAGGGAUGGAAAUGGGGUGUAUGGUAUUUUUGAAAAUGAUCUUAAAAAAACCAAAAGUAUUAUUCCUUUAACCUGAAUUCAUAGAUCAAAAUAAAAUGUUUGUAAGGUCCACAAUUGUAUAUGGAAAUAUUCUUCACAAGAUUUUAAUUAUUAAAUAAUACACAUUCAAUUUAUUAGGAUUCCAAGACAUUACAGACUUACAAUUCUUAAAGCAAGCCCCUUCUACAGAAGGUUGAUAAUGCAAAGUUGGCAAAAAAAUUUUUAACAAAUCAGACUGGCUAAAAUGAAAAUGUAUUUUUACAUAUUUGACCUGAAAAACAAGAGUUUACUCUCUCAUUUCAAAUCACUAAUUCUUAACCGCUUCACUACCAAGCCCUUUUUGCACUAAAAUCUGUUAGCGUUAUAGCUUUUUUUUUUAUUGAAACAUAGAAUGCAUAGCUAACACAUAAAUGUGGAAUAAAACUGCAAUUUUGUGAUUGCUGUUUUAAGAUAUUAAAAAAAUAUAUUUCUGUAAAUAAUCAUUCUUUUUUAUUUAUUUGCUUAUCAUUAACGGAAAUAUUGGG